GUGGGGGCCCUCCUUUGUUUACAGAGGAAAGGCCACUCCCUCUGCCCAGGUUGUUCUUUGUCCACUGAAAUUAGCAACAGGUGGUGACCAGGGCCCUCCUAAGGGUGCUGGGAGGAGUCACUACAGAUCUGCUGCUGGGAGUGAAGCCACACCAGGGCCGGAGCUGGGCGGGACUUUAAGCACCAGUUCCUUUCCUCAGCCGGGCCUUGGCCCAGGAGUCCCAGGCCUGAGGAGCAAUUGCAGGCUGCUGUAGCGCCAUGCUCUCUGCCAUCACCUGGCAUGGAUUGUAGAGAUAUGGAGCUGUCUGAGGAUUACCAGUCCCCGUUCGAUUUCGAUUCCGGAGUGAACAAGAACUAUCUCUACCUCUCUCCAAGCGGGAACGCGUCGCCGCCUGGCUCACCUACACAGAACGUUGGUCUGCUGAAGACAGAGCCAGUGGCUGAGGAAGGAGAGGAUGCUGUUGCCAUGCUCAGUGCCCCAGAGACACUCACAGAGGAGGAGCAAGAGGAGCUGAGACGGGAACUUACUAAGGUGGAAGAAGAAAUCCAGACUCUGUCCCAAGUGUUGGCUGCAAAAGAGAAGCAUCUUGCGGAGAUCAAGCGGAAACUUGGGAUCACCUCGCUUCAGGAAUUCAAGCAGAAUAUCGCCAAAGGGUGGCAAGAUGUGACAGCAACCAACGCAUACAAGAAGACAUCAGAAACUCUAUCACAGGCCGGACAGAAGGCCUCUGCUGCGUUUUCAACGGUUGGCUCAGUCAUCACCAAAAAGCUGGAAGACGUAAAAUUGCAAGCUUUCUCACAUUCAUUUAGUAUCCGCUCCAUUCAGCAUUCGAUUAGCAUGCCUGCUAUGAGAAACUCUCCAACUUUCAAGUCAUUCGAAGAAAAAGUUGAAAACUUAAAGUCUAAAGUAGGAGGCACCAAGCCUGCUGGUGGCGACUUUGGAGAAGUCCUGAGUUCCACAGCGAACGCUACCAGUACCACAGCCACGGAGCCACCUCCAGAGCAGACGACAGAGAGCCCCUGAGCUGCCGAGCUGUGUCCUGCUGCCCACUGCCAGGUGCUGCGAGAGCCAAGCACAUCUUGACAACGCUCACGACUGCAGAUUUCUACCAGAUGUGCUUUCAUUUAGCUUUACUUAUUUCUUUGACCAAAUAGUUUGUGAAUGAAACCAAGUGAAACCACCUUCCCCUUCACUCCAGGGAAACGCCCGUUAGCUUGCGGAAGGCCCUUUGUAAAGGAGACAGCACCAUAGCCUCUGGUAGUCCCUGCAGGCAACCACUGUGCUCUUUCAAAUCACUUUCCAUCUGGAGUCCACGUUGAUCUUUCUUUGCUAUGCUUUGAAUCAUUCUUUUUGGAUCUCUGUACACUUAAUCAAUUUCUAACGAAUACUGUCCUUUUCUAAAUCCUGGUUAUUAAAAGUCUUGGAAUUAUUUCAUUACUUUCAAAGGAGAGACUACUAGCUACAUCUUUUUUUUUUUCUUGGAUAAACAGUUAUAAGAGGACCAUAUCUUGGGUUUCCGAAGACACCAGACUAAAGUAGACAGGUGUGUGUGCAUGUCAGUAGUUCUGUAAGUGCACAACAUGCAGACACUCAAACUGCCACUGUCGUGAGUGUGGGCACCCACCCCACCCACUUGGUAACUGUCACUUGUAGCUGUGUCUACUUCAGUGUAUCGGUUAUUUAUUAUACCAUUCUUAUGCAUUUUUUUACAAGAUUAAAAUUUAAUUUCAGGUAAAUUAACAGAAUAACAUUGUGAGUCAAGUGUGUGAUAUUACAGUAAGUUGGAAUGUCCCCAUACUCAUCACUGAUAUUCCGAAAGUCUAAAUAAAGUCUUUAGGUCUGUACAACUAUAGAAGUUCCACAAGUCUAUACAACUACAGAAAUGCUAAAAUAAUUCACCUUAGGGGAAACUACUCCCUCCAUUAACUCCAUUUAACACCCUUCAGGAAGCACAGACAGUUGUAUGAGAAAUGCGACUUGAAUGUUUUUUAUACUGAGGUGGUGUUGAUAACUCGGAAGGCUGUGACUCGCUGACACGGAUGAGCUGCUCAUGCUGUACUUCUCGGUGUGUUUGUGACUGUGAACUGCACUGUAGACAUUGUUCCCACUUUGAGAACCGUCGGGCUUGUGAAUCAAAGCUUCCAGAUGUCUCUGCUGAGUUCCUCUAUUAGCUGUGGUUACUACUGAUCCACUACCGUUUCCUUUGCUGUGUGUGUUUAUGGCCUAUGAGGUUGUGUCUGUUAUCUAUUGUGGUGGUUUUACCCUUGUUCAUGCCAAAUGUUAAUUGCCAAGCUUGGAGUGACCUAAAGCAUUUCUUAAAAGCAUGACUAGAUUUAACUGAGGAUAAGGUUUCUGCAAACCAGAAUGGAAAAGCCACAGUGUCAGUUGUUACAAAAUGACAUGCUGCCAUCCCUGAUUGCUACUUGGAUGCAAUGGAAACUAUGCUCUAUUAUAUGUGAAAAUCUUAAUAAAGUCUGAGUCUCAGUAGUAUAGGUUUCAAUAUUUAUUAAGUGGACAGUGGUCUGAAGCUUGUAUUCUGAAAUCAACUGGUAUUCUGGAAGCAUUUCCCUAGAGCACUGGAACUGUAGAGAUCUGUCCAUAGAGAAAUAUUGUGAUUAUUCAAUAUAAUGAUUUUUCUACCAA